GAGAGUAAAAUGAUGCAGUGUGGAAAGUGCGAUCGCUGGGUACAUUCCAAAUGUGAAAAUCUGACAGAUGAGAUGUAUGAAAUCCUUUCAAACUUGCCAGAAAGUGUGGCCUACACUUGUGUAAACUGCACUGAUCAUCACCCUGCAGAAUGGAGGCUAGCACUGACAAAUGAGUUACAGGCCUCCCUCAGAUAUGUCCUAAACACACUGCUAAAUUCUCGAACUGCAAGUCAUCUUCUGCGCUACAGACAG